GGGAUACUGCUACUUGGGGACAUCAAAUUACUUCCCCAUGAAGAGGCAAGGUGCCUAAACAAAUCAUUAACAUUUAUUGUUAUCAUGCUUACAUAGUUUAUCUCAUGGUUUGAGGUAUAUUGACAGAUAGCUACAUCAAUUACACGCUGAAGAUGUUAAGAUCUAUCAAGAAUGCUAAACUUUGUUCGGAUAUUGUUAAGAAAAUACACGUUGAAGAUGUUGUUAAGAUCUAUCAAGAAUGCUAAGUAAGGCAUGAUUUUUUGUUAUAAAAAAUUUUUAGUGUUGCAUUAUUCAAGUUUCUCCUGCAAUUUCAUGCUUACAAUAAUUCAACGAAGCUUUUAUUUGACAAGCACGUCAAUUCCUUGAGUUUUCAACAAGAGAGCAACUCCCCUUUGCCACGAAUCUUAACAGAUUCGCAAAAUCAGUUAUGUUAUCAUAUGAUUUCUUCGCUUCAAAUUUCAAAGAAUCUCCAGAUUUCUUUCUUUCCAAUGUUCGAACUCCAAAAGAAAUUUCCUUUUUUUUUUCUUUCCAUUUUUAUGAUUCGUAUGCAUGGUAUGACUGGAUUUACUUUUGGUUUCUAGAUGAGGUGGCGUGCGUGAUAAAGACCAAGAACUGGUCUCUCUGGUUGAAGGGGCCCUCAGUCUGAAAGCGACGAAAAUUAAUUGGUUAUUGAUGGUAAAACCUUCAAGUUCUGCCCUUUUUGUCACUGUUCCUUAAAAGAAAAGAAGAAUUGAUCCGUGGCUCUCUCUCUUUCGCACUGUUGCUUAAUUUAGUUGGAGCCCUAGCGUCUGUAAUUUCAUGCUUUCUUUGAAGGAAUGAAACUGUUCGAUUCUCCAAGGAAGAGAAAGAACAAGUCUAAGCCUUGGGAGAGCCAGCAUGUCCACCGAUUCCAUUUCCACUCAGCGCCGCCUCGAAGAGCUCGACAACAUCUUAGACUCUGCCCUGAAACAAUUCGACCCUGACCUGGAACCAUUCGAAAUCCUCAUCUGUCAGCUGGAUUCCUACCGCGAAGACCAGGUUUCCCGAGCCGAAUCUCUCUUCUCUCUCGCUAGAAAUUGUCGUCUUGAUUCACUCUCCCUCGCUCUCUCCCGACUUCUCUCCUCUCCUCUGCCUGAUCUUCGUGCCCAAGCCGCCUUACUUCUCGGCGAACAUUUCACCACCGCCUUCUUUGAGCGCCUUAAGAGAACCACACUUGACACCCUCAAGUCGGCUCUUUUAUCCGCCUUCAGAAACAAACUGUUUAAAUUAGAUGUCGAUAAUCUCUUCCAAACCAUCUCCGACUUCCACGCCACUGGCAGUUGGCCGGAGCUAUUACCUUUCCUGUUUGAGUGCGUGAAUUCUCAAAGUCCCAAUCUUCAAGAAUACGCGCUUUUGGUUUUUAAGAGGUUGGCUCAAAAUUUAGAUAGCCAUGCCGACUUAAUUUUUCAUUUAAACACUUUCCAGCAAAUAUUUAGAGAAUGUUUGGAUAAUUGUUCGAGUUGGGAUGUUAAGAUUGCUGCUUUGGAUGCUUCAAUUAGUUUUGUUCAGUUUAUUCCAAAUCAGAACGAUCCUAAUAGGUUUGAUUAUUUAUUGCGAUUGAUGAUGAGGACUUUGACUAAUGCUCUGAAUUCAGGGUCAGAAUCAAAGUCUGAGGAAUCUUUGCAAUUGUUAAUCAAAUUAGCAAAGACUGACCCAAGGUUUUUUGAGAGGCAGUUAGAGAAGGUAUUACAAUUGAUGUUGAACAUCACAGUUGAUGAUAGUUUAGAGGUAGACAUAAAACAUUCGGCGAUUGAAUUCCUGAUGGCAUUGGUGGAGAGUGAUCCAAGAAUGAUAAGCAAGGAGCCACAAUUUAUAAAGAGGUUGUUUGAUGAGUUAAUGUAUAUGUUAUUCGAUGUUGAGUAUGUGGAUGAGGAUGAGUAUGAGGUUGACAAUUUUUGGGGGACAAGUGAUUAUAUAUUAGCUAAAAAAUGUUUGAGUAAGUUGUCUAUUUUGUUGGAUGAGAAGAUGAUCUUUCAGCGGGUUCUACGCUUGUUUUCACAUUUGUUGGGUACUUCCAUAUGGCAGCAGCGGCAUGCUACUCUCAUUGCUAUUCCAAAAAUUGCUUUGGGCAGUAAUAAGAUGAUGCCAAAAAAUAUGGAAGAGGUAGUGCCAAUGAUUUUGGAGUCAGUAAAUGAUCCACAUCCUUGGGUUCAAUUGGCAGCUAUUAAUGCUAUUAAACAAUUGUCUGUGUGCUUAUGUCCGAUGUUCCAAAACCUAUAUCAUGAGAUAGUUCUAGUCACAUUAGUUGAAGUCAUGAAUGAAGACCUACGUCCUAAACUACAGGUCUCUGCUACUUCAGCGGUCCUCAGUUUCAUGAGAUAUGGCGAUGAAAAAAUCCAAGUUUUUUAUAAGCGGACAAUUUGGCAUGAAUUCUCGAAAUUCAUUAGGGCUGGCCACAUCAUUGGUCAUCCGGAACUACGGAUAUUGUCAUGUGGUCUUGUCGAUGAGUUCUUCAAGUGUUUAGAAGAUAAGUUCUUACAGUGUUCAGAAGAUAAGUUCUUACAGUGUUCAGAAGAUUUAGCAAAACUGCGAAAUUCAAUUUCCAACAACCAAAUUGAAAAUUAUAUUAAUGAUCUUAAAAGUUUGCUCAGGUGGUUCGAUGUUAAAUGUAAUAAGUCAAAAAAUAAAUUAGAAUAAAAUACUAUGUGUUAGGAAUUUAGUUAUGAAUUACAACAAUUUAAUGUAGAUUUAAUAAUUUAUGAUUUUUAUUAUGUUCG